AGAGGACAACAGACAUCCAUCCUGCUUUUUUGAACAGACCAACCCAUUGAAUUAUUAAUAUUCAAAAGGAAAAUUGCCAACUUGAAAUCCCAUCUCUUUUUCGCUCUCUCACCUUCUGAUCAUCGAGAAAUAGACAUCAAUCUGGGUUUUGAGGGAUCUGAUCAGAUUCGAAUCCAAGUCUCUGCCUUUCUCCAACCCUUUUGAUUUUUCUCUGCAGCUCGCAUGGAUUCGGUUUCUGGGUUAUAACUUAUAAGGGAUCUGACAUCAUCUGAAUCCAAGUUUCUGGAGAAUGGGUUCAUCUUCUUCUUCAGACAGGUUGUUCAACAGACAGAGAAGUGUGCACCAGAUUCUCGGAGGAGGCGUUGCUGCGGAUGUGAUAAUGUGGAGGAAGAGGAACGUAAGUGCGGGGAUAGUUACAGUGACAAUGGCGUCAUGGUUGGUGUUUGAGAGAUGCGGUUACACCUUCUUGUCUCUCUCCUCCAGUGUUCUCCUCCUCCUCCUCACUAUUCUCUUCCUUUGGUCCAAAUCUGCAUCCAUUCUCAACAGGCCAGCUCCGCCGCUGCCAGAGUUGCAUCUAACGGAGGAAAUGGCGAAGGAAGCUUCCGAAUUCUUACAGGUUCAUGUGAACAAGCUGUUGUGUGUUUGGCAGGACAUUGCCUUGGGCAGGGACUCCAAGUUGUUUCUCCGAGUAGCCAUCUCUCUGUUUCUAAUCUCCUUUCUCGGCCGCCUCACCGAUUUCCCUACCCUCUGCCACUCCGCUCUUCUAGUGGUUAUGACGAUUCCUGCGUUCUAUGAGCGAUACGAGGAUCGGAUAGAUGGAUUGAUUCUGUUAAUCUAUGAGAAAUCAAGGGAGGUGUACCUUAGGCUCGACAUCCAGUUUGUUGAAAGAAUCCGGAGAUGGGGUCUGGAGAAGAAGAAGAAACUCAGCUGAUGAUCCCUCCUGUCUUGUGUUUCUUUUCUCUCGUUUCUUUUGUUUCCAUGGCUUCUUGUUUGUUUUUUAUUCUGUUUUUGAUUUUGUGAGAAACAAAAAGGAAGGGUUUUUCUCUUCUCUUGCUUUCGAAGUAUAUAUGUUUUGAUAGAGUAGUACAUAAAUGUUACUCUACUCGGACCCAAUUUAUUUCACAGUUUUGCUGGAAAAGGCAAAAGGUUCUAUAA